AUGGAUUUUAGCUCCCUCAACCCCUCAACAUCUAAUGCUUUGAAUUUAGCUGCCAGGAACAAUGAUGUCAAGACUGUUAAGAGAUUACUUAAAAAGAUGAACCCGAAUUGCUGUGAUAAUAGAGGUUGGACUUGCCUUCACGAAGCUGCUGCAAGCGAUAGUUACGAAAGUCUAGAUCUAAUUCUGAAUCAUAAGAAUCUUAAUCCUCUAGUAGAAACUUAUGAUGGACAUACAGCUCUGUACCUUGCUUGCCAGUAUUUGAGUUCUGCUAAGACCAUAAGAAAAUUACUUGAUGAAAUACCCGAUAUAGCUAAUUAUGGCAGUACUGAACAGGUAACACCGUUGCAUGUUACAUGUGGUCAAGGAAGAACAGAAAUAAUUCAGCUGUUAUUAGACUAUGGAGCUAUGAUAGAUGUUCAGGACUUCGACGGAGACACCCCAUUACAUGAUGCAGCCUUAGAUAAACAUGACAAGUCGGUAUCCAUUUUGCUACACGCAGGAGCUAAUCCUGAAAUAAGAAAUGAAGCCUCCCUUACUGCAUUCCAUCUAGCUUGUUACAAAGGCUGUUUAGAGGCAGUUGAAAACUUUCUACCAUUUAUAAAUGAUAUAAAUGAAGUUGCACUUGACGGUGAUACACCUUUGAUUUUAGCUGCCCAAGGCUCUAAUCAUGAUGUCGUAAAAUUACUAUUAAAAAAUAAUGCAGAUCCCAAUUUAAAAAAUAAAAGAGGUGAUUUAGCCCUGACUAAAGCUUUAACUACAGGUAACAGUGAAAUGUUUAAAACACUUCUUCAUGAGACAGACAUAGCUGUUAUUAGUCCAAAUAUAAUAUAUUGGGCUUGUAAGCCUCACAUUUUCAACUUGGAUAUUCUAGAAAGUCUUCUCAUAUAUAAUUUGGGUCCAACCUUUUUCGAUUACUAUGAACAAUUCUACAUAACUUUGGAGAAGUUGGGUGAAUACAGACCGAAAUACUUAACUAAUGCUCCUAUCAACUCACUACUGAGCAUUAGUGAAUACAUAUACAUACAGAGCCGUGAAAGAUUUGAGGAAUUUUUUUAUUUAUUCCUUAUGGGCGGAGUUUUAGUUAAUGCCAUGGACAUAAAUGAAUGCCCUCCCCUGGUAUAUAUGCAUUAUUGUCUUCAUUCUACAUGUUUUAAAGAGGUAUUUAAUAUAUUUCAUCUACAUGGUUGUAAUGUUGACUACUGUAGUACAUUAACUCAUCCGAUAGGAAGAUUUUUACCGGAUGCAUUUCAUGCUUCACUCGGUUCAGACCCUUCAACUGCAGCCAUGAUGUUACCAUACAGCUUACAUUGUGAUCCCGAGUAUUUACUGACAUUUGCUAAUGAAAGUGGUUUAUUAGGAAGAAUGCCUGCAUUUGUAAAAAAUGAACUUUUAUCAAUGAUUGGCGCUAGUGUGACCAGUGCUGAAAAUUUGCCAUUCACAGUGUUGCCAUUGACACAUCUGUGUAGACAAAAAAUUAGAUUGUUAAUAGCAAACACAGGUUAUAAAACCACAAAUGAAUUUUUAAAUAUUUUGGAUAAAAUCCAAAUACCUCAAAUGUUAAAAAAAUAUUUGCGAUACAUUAUAAUAGGUAUACAUGUAAUACAAUGA